AUCACUAGAAAAGCUAGCGAGGCAGCUUAUGUUCCCUACGUGUAUUUACUAUCUGCUCAGGGAAGCUUCGUCCAUUAAGCUUAGCAUUGUUCCUCUCUGAUUGUUUGACACCUCUUCAGCAACAGCAUCCACUGGUCACGACGACAACCAUUGUCAUCCCCAGACAAAACCACAUCUGUACAUGAACACAUUUUAGUCCCAGAGCUCCGAAGAGACUCUACCACCAAACAUCAGAGUCCCAGAACUCCGAAGAGACUCUACCACCAAACAUCAGAGUCCCUAUGCUGCCACCAUUUUGUAACAUGCAGCGGUCAGAACCUGCAUGCUCACCCUUGCAUGACUUGUGUGAUCAAGAGAGAGGCUCUACCAUAUCACUAGAAAAGCUUGCUCACUGAGAAGAAUUCACACUGGUGUACACAGGUAUAUAUUCAGAGGAUAUAGAACAGAAACAAAAGGCAAUGGAGAAGAUGAUGACUUGGCAAAGCAGGGCACUCAACAAAUUACCCAUCGCUAUUGAGAGCACAAUGGCAUUGUGUAGAGCAUGCAUUUCUCAUGAGCUGGCCAUUCAAGAUGGAACAUUCCAAGACCAAUACUUAAAGCUAAUGUAUGAAUACAGUAUGGCUAUUAUUAGAUUUGUAAACAAUAUAACAGAACUAGGACAGACCAAAUCAUACAGAAUGCCGGUACACAAAAUAGCAGAAAAUUUUGGCAUUCCCAAUUGGAUUGUGGAGAUGAGACAUAAUGCCACGCAUCGAUCAAUGCCCUCGCUGUCGGAGCUGACCUCAGGGGCAGAUUGGAUACUGGAAUGGCUUAGGGAGGACUUUUGGCGUGCACAAUUCAAAAUCAUGGAGAAUAUCAAACCCAGAAAGAUGUUUGAUUUGAAUGAAGACAUAGAAUCCUUGGAUCAAGUUGUAGAGAAAUACAUGACAGAUACUAUGCAGGCCAUCAGAUCAAGAGUGAGAAUUGUGAGUGAUUACAAGGAUUUACUGCGAUUACUAGAGAGGCACAAAUCCAGGAUUCUCUGGUGUAUAUUUAAGAAGGGCUACUUCAUACCAACACAGGAACAGCUAAGACAUUAUAACAUUAACAUAAAAGACCUGAUGAGUUCACGAAAGUUAAAGCUUCCUGAAAUCUUGGAAAAACUUUGGGGACCAUUGUUGAAUAUUUUACACAGAAUGAAACUGACCUCUUCCUUGGUACAACUGAUGGUUUCCGUGGUAACAGAGAGAGAGAAUUUCCAGAAUUUUUGGUUGUGUAGCUGGUUGCAGAGGAUCAUAACUUCUAAUGCAAGAGGUGUAAAUUACGAAGAAAGGAGUAUAAAAUCAAGCAAAAAGAAGCUUUAUAAGUACAGACGACACAUUCCUCACAGACUUGUCCUCGAGAAGUUGCUUCGACACCCCAGCAUCUACACACGAAAUAUCAUCAAACUAUUGCUUCCCUUACAAACACCACCAAUUCCCUCGGCCACACAAAAGAAAAUCUGGAAACUUUUGGAUAUUAUGUGUGGAAAGUCUGUGAAGAAUGAUUCCACUGUCGGUUUAGGACCAGUUCACUCCAUUUUAGACGUGGGUGAUUCGGUGGUAGAUGUUGCCACUGACGACAAUUUGCCCCAGGAUGGAGAGAUGCAGCAUAGAGCACAACAGUUUAACCAGUCCCCGUGGGUGAGAGAUCAAGAUAUUAUGAACUGGGAACGGAUCCCUGUUGGUUCUCAGAAUAUGUUCCCAGGGGAGAUAAUUCCUGUCAAACUUGAUGACUCUGAUGAUGAGAACAUGGAAGAGGAGGAUUCUCUAUGUCAAGAUGAUCUCAUUUCCAUCUCUGGUGUAGAUUUUGAUGAAGACAGCGUCAGUAAUGUGGCCAUAAAAACGUGGACAGGUGAAGAAAUGAACAUAAUCAAACAGACAAUGGGCUUAAUGUAGAAGUCCGAAGACUGAUCUUUAUUUUACCCCACAAUGCCAAAGUGAUUGUUGCUAACUUUGAUGAAUAUUUGUUGCUCAUUAAAUUCAGUUUCAUGGUUUUGUUAUGUACA